AUAUAAAAAAAGAUCAGAACUCUGGUAUGCAAACGGUGUAAUUUUUGGUAAUCUCUCCUAUUUGAAGUAAAACAAACACGACAUAAGCAAACAGAGAGAGAGAGAGAGAAAAAGAGAGACGUGAUACCGGGAAAAUGUAUAAAACGAAGCUUCAGGAGCUAUGUCACCAGAAAACAUGGAACUUACCGGAAUAUUCUACCACUAAAGUGGGUCAAGAUCACAAUCCUAUCUUUCAUGCUACCGUCAUUGUAAACGGCUAUUCCUUUUCCUCUUCGUCUCCCUCCAAGUCCUCUAAACUCGCUCAGAACAACGCCGCUAAGCUCGCCUUUGAUCACUUCUCCUCCGUCUCUCUUCCUCCUGUUACUGCGGUUUCUACGAGCACAAAAUCAAGCACGAAUAAUAAUAAUAAUAAUAGCAGUAAUAAUUCUUCUGGUGGAACAUUACGAAUAAAUAUAGAAGAAACAAAUCAAAUUCCUUGUAUUGCUAAUAACGAUGGCAAACUCACAGAUGUGCAGCAGCACUUGUACAAAAAUCUGUUGCAGAGCUAUGCUCAAAAGAGAGGUCUGCCUCUCCCUAUGUAUUCUUGCGAGCGUCAGGGUCCGCCUCAUGCUAGUCUCUUCAAGUGUAAGGUCACCAUUGAUGGAAAAAGUUAUGAGUGUCUAGAUUUUUUCCCCACGGUAAGCAAGGCUGAGCACGCUGCUGCAAAAGCUGCACUGACGUCAUUGGCACCGGAUGGAGCUGAAGAGGAUGAAUUUGCUUACAAGAACCUUUUACAAGAACUGGCUCAGAAAGAAGGAUAUGGUCUGCCAUCUUACAGUACAGUUACAUUUGGUGAAUCUCACAAGCCAACUUUUGCUUCAACUGUGGAGGUAAAGGGAGAGUUUUUUACUGGACAGCAAACUAGAACUAAGAAGCAGGCUGAGUUUAAUGCAGCAAAGGUUGCUUACAAAGCUCUAAAACAGCGCAACUCAAAGCAAAGCUCAACGGUUCUUCUUCCUAGCAAUACAAGUCAUCAGCCAGUGGGUUCUUGUUCUGGAAACUCGAGUCAGAGCCUUAUGGCUUCCUCUUUGUCUAACCUGAAACAGAGGCCUAUUACUUCUCUAGGCAAUUCAAGACAGAGUGCUCAAAGUCUGUCCCCUCCUCACCAAAAGCAAAAAGUUGUUCAGUUCACUUCUUCUAGCUCACGGUCAGAUCUCGCUGCUUAUCUUAAACAGAAUGUUCAACCUAGAAUGCCUGGGCGUGACAAACAAGCCGAGGAGGAUAGAGAAAUUGCUGAAGUUAGCAGUGCUCCUCCCACCACAAGUGCUAAUGUUAUCAGUUGUGAUCCCCACAUUGCAUCUGCAGGACCAGAAAGCUGCUGUAAAAAAAAUAUUUCACUUUCACCUUGCCCACUUAUCUCUUCUUUGCCUGAUUCGGCCGUAAGUUCAAGCAUUGAGCAUCCAACCGGGAAAAAUAUGUUGCUCCAUAAUAAGGUUACUGUUCAUCCACGUGGGACAAACAUGACAUAUCCUCCAGGCAGCACUGUGUUGCCCAUGAGCGAUGACAACUGGGUCGCAGUGCAGACACUUCAAUCCAGUCAGUAAAGUUUAACAGAGACGAAUGAAACUGUUGCCAGUAACUUUAUUACCUUUCUAAUUAUGUGGGUCUCAGACAUUCAAUACAAACUAUGCUCGUUGUGAAUGCAUAACUGAAUAUAUUAGGCACCAAUGGCAUGUUUGUUAUGAUGUAAUGGAACGUAAUAUAAUCCAUAAUCUGUAGUCUAGUGUAAUGUUAAUUUCCUUUUAUGUUUGGCGA